AUGGCUCGACGAUGCGAAAUUUGUUCAUUAGAUUUGAUCGAUGAGUACUCGUUUCACGGUCAUUUGUUAGGUAAAAAACAUUUGAGAAAUGUUGAGUUAGAACAAUUAAAAACUAAAAAAGAACAAAAUUCCAUAUUUGUAUCGCCUUUACCAAAGUGGGCUCAACCUAAUGACAUUAUUGAAUUUUUUACAAAAUAUGGACCAAUACAUUAUUAUAAAUUCGGACCUAGAAAAACAGCAGAUGAAGUAUUAUCAAAAAAAUUAGUGUAUUUUAAUAAUUGGAAAUUAACAAUUAUACCACGAAAAAUUAUUACUCCUCAACAAAACAAAGCUGAAAAGUCAAGAAAACAAAGUACAAGUGAUGAUGAUAAAGAAGAUGAAGAGAGUUUUCACGAUAAAUUAAAAUUAGAGUUGGAAGCAAAGCCGACAUUUGAAUCUCAGUUGACUAAAUUUUUAUCUUUAGUACAAAAAGACGAUAAUGUAGUAGAAGAAUCUUGUGAUAAAGUUUGUAUCAGUCUCAAUCGAGUUUUCCGAAGUUCAUUCCCAUACUGCAAAGCCUUGCGAUUUGGUUCCACAAGAGUAUUUAGAGAGGCUAAAGCAAUCCUGUUCAGAAAUCCAGCAAUUUUUAAUCAUGUAAUACCAAUUCCACUGGCUAGAAUACCUGUUAUUAAAUUUGACCACAUACCAACUAAGACAAACUGCGACUUAUCAUUUAAACAUGGAUUUGGAGUACAUAAUAGUCUACUUAUAAAAUACUUUCUAAGUUUAAAUCCAAAAUUACGACCAUUAAUGAUCAUCAUUAAGUAUUGGGCUAAAAUUUUAGACAUUACCGGAACUAAUAAAAUAACAAAUUAUUCACUAAUAAUGGUAAUAAUAUUUUAUCUACAACAACCAGACGUUAAUUUGUUGCCAACAUUAACAGAUCUCCAAUCAUCGAGCUCUCCGGUAUUUGCGAGUGGAUGGCGAAUUGAUUUUGAUAGAUAUCACAAACAUGAAACAGUGAAUGAUUCUAGUAUACCUGAACUAUUACAUGGAUUCUUCAAAUUUUAUUCAGAAUUCAAUUUUUCUCUUAAUUUAAUAACACCACUCGAUGGUAUUAUUCAUCCGAGAAUUGAUUACAAUGAAAUUGCCAAUAAUUUAGGCAUAAAUAUUGAGAGUUUGAAUUUGAGCAAACCAGCCUGUAUACAAGAUCCAAUGGAAUUGGAUCUUAAUAUUGCAAACUCGUGGAAUGAACGUUUAUUGCUAGAUUUUCAAAAGCACUGUGCUGAAGCUGUAACACUUUGCGAAGAUUCAGCGCUCAAUGAUAACAAGUCUUUGUUACCAUCUAUACUCAAUCCGGAAGUAAAGCACAAGUCAAAGAAACCUAAGUCAAUCCAUAUAGUUAUUCCAGCAGGUAAAUUUGAAGAUUUUGGAUUGCCAGAUGAUUUUGAACAGCGUGAUGACAAUGAUAAUAAACAAAAAUAUAAAGAGAAUCAUUGGUUCUCUGUUGUGUAUAAAUUAAUCCAAAGAAUUUUCGAAGAUAUAUUUAAAUUAAAUAUUCACGUUACUUAUGAUGAGACAAAUAUUAAGCAAAUAAAACUUGAUCAAGAGUCAGAUGUCCAUACCAAUGAAAACAAUAAAAUUAUGUUACUGUGCAAUGGUAACUAUUGUGUAAGUCGUACUAGAAAAGGUAGACUUUCGAGUAAUCUUGAUCCUACACUAAGUUGCAUUGAUAAGGAAAUUCUUAUUUCGGACAAAAUACUAGAAAAUUUAAAAGAGAAAAAAGAAGAAACGAUUAUUAAGUUCAUUUGUAUUUUGGAAAAAAAAACUAAUCCAUUGCACGUUUUUAUGAAAAUUACCGAUGCACAGGACUCAAAUAAAGCGUUUUCAGAAAUUGACUUGUCAUAUUUCAUUAAAAAUUCGUGUGAAAAAAUAAAAGUAUCCAACGAAAUCAAUAACACUAUUGAAUAUGCAGAAAAAGCGAUCCAGCACGAUGAUGAACCCAAUAAAAUUCAAGAAAAAGAAAGUAAGCCACCAGCUAUUCCAAAAACAAAAUUCACGACUAAAAAAUCACACGAGUCUUUUUCUACUUCAUUAUCAAGGCUGAAAAGUUUUCCUGCAGAAGAAAUCAGAAGGAUUCAGCUAUCACCAAAACCUGAAACUAAUUUAAAUUAUCAACAAAAUGAUGGUCAAGGUGAUGGUUUCCUUCAAUCUCUGUACUCUGGAUCAUUAAAGUUGCCUGAUAAAAAUUUUGCACUGAAUCAGCAACAUUUACCUUCUACUGAGUAUCAACAAAUACCGCCUAAAGAUUCAAACUUUUAUCAAAAAUCAGAUAGACAGAUUCACAGACCAUUUGUGCCUAUGUCUCGAGGUUUAAAUAUUCAAGAACCUCAUUUCGUUUUUGAUGAUCACAUUGAUAAUUUUCCAGCCUCAAAUUACAGCAUUGAGAAUAAAGAAAUGCUUGUAAAUACUAACGAAAGUAAUCUUCAAGCAUCAAAAGCUUCUGUGGAUGAUCUCAACCAGGUUAAAUAUAAAAAAGAACCAGAAAUUCGUGAUUUUAUUCCUCAAAAAAUUGCGAAUACAAGUAUACAGAUACGUCCUGAACCUCGCUCGCAUUAUAAAAAUCCACAAGUAUUGCAUCAACAAAAUACUCUUCAGGAAGUCCCUCCACAAAUUUUUGCACAUCAUCAUCUUGAACCAGAGUAUUUAAAUGUUAUGAAUUACGAGCCGACAUCUACUUAUGAAAUGACUUCACCUCAAGAUUUGAUGAUCAAUCGAUUAAGAAUUAAUCAAAGUAAUAAGGCUGAAAAUCAACAAUAUUCACAUAAAAAUUAUCCUAAUACACCUCGACAGUAUCCACAUUUAGAAAAUACAUUGGAGAGUAAAAAUACCACAAAAAAUUCGACUACUCAACAGUAUCAUGAAUAUCCACCGCAAAAAUUACCUGGAUCUCAUAAUAAAGAAAUAAAAAAAAAAGUAAUCCAAUUCACUCCCGCAAUGAAACAUGAUCAAGAGUUAUUGAUAUCAAAGUUAAAGCAGCAGGGAAUAAGUGAAGAAAUAAUAAAACGUCAGUUUGAUGCUUUAUUGACUGAGCAAAAAAGGCAAUUGAGCUACCUUCAACAAUUAGCGCAGCCGGAAAAUCCCGACAAGUCAAGUAAAAUUGUUACAAAGAGAAAAAUAAGUAGGAACAGUGAAGAUGGAAAACCAGAGUGGAUGGCCCAUAUCACCCCACCUAGAAUUACUUACGCUAGUGUUGAUAAAAUUAAAAGCAGUCAAAAUACCAUAAAACAACAACAGAAAAAAAAUGUUGGAUUUAAUAGUAAUAAUAAAGUGAAUGUAAAUAAAAACUCGGAGCAAACGAUUCAAUAUUGGCAGGCAAAUGAUAGGCAAAAUGGAAUAUAUGUCAAUUGUCGAAAUUAUCAGCCUUGGCACAAGGCUAGAGGUAUUUCUACAGAGGACCGUCAAUGUAAUUGUCAUCAGCGCAACGUUCUUCAACAUCAGCAAUAUCCUAUUCAUCAACAAAAUUUUCCUAUAAAUUCUGGACAUUUUCCAGCACAAUAUCAUCCACAUAAACAACAUCCAGAGAUCAAUCCUCUAGGCAAUGGUUAUUUUAUAAUGUACGAUCCCAGUCAUCAGUAUCCAAAUAACGGAGAGAUUUUUCAAUCUAAUCAUCAUCCUUUCCCGCAUGAAUAUCGUAAUUAUCAACAAAACAGUGCUGGUUAUCAGCAAAACUGGAUGGGCAAUCCGCAUUUGAAGCAAUAUAAUCAACCUCACAAUUUUGAAGUGUCCAAAAAUUUACAGGAAGGUAAUUUUAAUGAAAAACAAAGAAAGCAAGUUGAAGAAACACCUAAUACUGUAAAUUUUAGUCAUUGCAAGAGUGCCGCUGGAAAAAAUGCAAGAAACAAUGGUCUGCAGGAUAUAUAA